AUGGGCUCCCAUCACAACCACGACGAACUCAUGGGUGAGGAGGAGCUCGGUGCUUCCUUCUCGGUUGACUCCUUCUUCGCUGAAGAAGCGGUCACCCCCGCUGUCUCUGCUCCUCCCCCUGCGAAACGCGUCUGUGCUGCCGGAUCAUCCAGCUCUGCACCUGUGGCUCCCCGCGCGGCCCCGGUGGUGUCGACGGUCUCUCCGGUCAUGGCUCCCGCAGCCGGUCCUUCUUCGGCUGCGCCUGCUCCUUCAACGUCGACCCAGGAGGCUAAUCCUGUGGUCGCCCUCGCCAUCACCGGCCGGUAUCAGCGCCUCCGGCGCAACCGUGAGACUGUGGGAGUCGUCGUCGCGGCACUGGCCCGUGACACUGACGCACUUGUCGUUCUUCUGUUCCCUGAGGCGCUUGAGGCGCACCGCAGUCGGAUCUUAACCCGCGUGCACAGCAUCCUGCGUGGUCGCGACUUCGCUGGCGGCCGCGUCCCGGUCUUUGAGGCCUCUGCAGGCGAGCUCCUGCGCCUUCCUCUUCGCUCGUACUGCCGUCAUCUGCUCCAAUGGCCGUCGGUCGAUGACGCGAACCGGUUCAAGCAGCUUCUUCCGAUCACCUACCGGACAUCUGAAGGGCCGUCCGCGGAGAUCAAGGUGUACCAGGAUCCCGCUCCCGAUUUCUCCGCCGCCAAGGCCCGUGGCGAAACUGUGCUGGUUCUGCGUAACAUGCUUGGUAUUGCUGUUGCGCCUCCCAACGACCCCAUGUUCGAGGCCAUCCCUGCGGUGAUCUGGGUACCCAACGUCCAAGAGCCCAUCUUGGUGAAUGUCUCGGCACACUCUUCCGGUCGAUUCCGCUUUCUUCCUGACUUGCUACUCGCGGAGCUUGUCCUCUCACGAUUUGACCGCGGUGUUGCCAGGAUCAUUGGACAUCAUCCCUCUGUGGCUUCGUUCAAGGCGGAUCCGGGAACCUUCUUCAUUGGGAUAGACCUAGAGGUGGAGGUCUGGACUUGUGUCCUGUGCUCCUACCGCUGCGGCUGGGCUCUAGACAGUGCGAUGGCCCACAUCGCCUGCCCCUCUCACAAGGCGGCCGCUCAGUCGAUCUCUGGUGGCAUCAACCCCCUGGAAGAGUUUGGGGAAGUGAAAGUGCACAUCCUCAAUCAGAACCAGGCUAUUGCCGCCUUCCUCGCGUUGGGAUAG